AUAGUUACAAAGCCAUUACGUGAACACGGUGACCGUAAAAAUUCAUGGCAAUGAUCGAUUGCGCGUGCUUUGCACGGACUCUUGUCACACGUAUCGACGUACAAUGACAAUUUCAAACGCCGGCAAUCUCAUACUUCGGAAAUUCGUUCUUUCUCUGCAACGUUAAUUCCAAAUGUUCGAAUUGCAAGGGCAAGUUUUUCCCUCAACAUUCCAAUCCCGAUUGAGAAAUUCAUCGACCCUAGGAUGCUUUGACAUUCGUUUUUGGUUUCAAUCGGCGCGUCUUUCAAAAAAGUUCCGACCCGAUCCGGUUAUCGGUCAGGUCGGCGUCUCGCGAAGUUCAACCGCGCGAACGGAUCACCGGAUCGUACGAUCGUUACUCGUCGGCGAACAUAGAAAAUCGUCGGAGUAAAUUAAUAGUCGGGCGUUAAGAGAUGCGCUUCGCAAUUAUUAAAGGACGUUAAUAACGUCUACGUCCCCCGGCUCCGUCAGGUGAUUGAGCGAGGCGCGGAGUGAGCGUCGAGAGAUCCGAGGUAUUCGGGCGUCGCGACGUCACGGAUUCCCUUAGCUCUGAUUCGUUGAGACGACGCAUAGCGUCGGAGGUAGUGGAGGUGACGGUCGGAGGUAGGGAUUUGGCAGCUGGUUGACCGCGCGGUGUCAUGGCGGCAGACCUGCUGGCGUCUCGAGGUGAGCGGUGCGUUUCAGCAGCAGCAUUCGACCCGUGUAUUCGGUGACUCUCGUAAUCGAAAAGGUCGUCUUAGCAACGCCGUUCCGAGUGGACCUGGAGAGCGAAACCUAAUGAUAAAUGUCAGGAGUGUUGUUCGGGUGUGAAUUAGGCGCGGGAUAAUAAAUUAAUAAACUAUCGUAUUACCGCGUUUAAAGUCACCGCGGAUUUUUUUUCACGUUAGACAGCCAUAUUUCUGAUAGAAGAAAUUAUUAUCGAGCAAGAACGCCUCCUUCGCUUUUGACAUUUCCUAUGAAACUAUAGUAUCGAUUUAUUCAUUUUUUUACCCUCGUAAUCACCCCUUGUGAAUUGCUGUACUAACGCAAUCAUCGUUGAAACGUCUGCUGCUGCUGCUGCUGCUGCUGUCGCCGAUGCUGCUGAAUUGUAAUUGUUUAUUGUGAUAAUGUGCUGUUCAUUGUGACAACGGUCAACCUUAUUCCGGAUUGGAAUACAUUUACCUAAACGUUACGCUUACAAUUAUUAUUUGUGUUAUAAAUAUAAUUUUAGUUAGUGAAAAUUCUGAGUGACGGAAGAGGAUCGAUUAAAAAUAUGAGGGACACUAACGAUAUGAUGGAGGAUGCAAUUUGUGAGGAUACGAUGAUGGAAUGUAGCGGGGACGGCGGAGGCUUGGAGGAUCUAGUCAACCUUGCAUCGGACAUCGCCGAUUCAGCCCCAAGUAUACGAGACGCGGCCGAGCGUUUAUUGACUCUCCUCGGCGUCGACGACGACGACGACGACGUAUCGUCUUCGGAAGAUGAGGGGGUGGAGGUCGACCUGGACGACAGCGACGUCGACGAGCCUCAGGACACUCGACUCCUUCAUCAACUGGCGGUAUCGCUGGCCCAGGAGUUGAAAUACGCUAAGCAAAAUAGCUCGAAUUUGAAAUUGGCACAGAGUCAGAACGUCAAGGACUCGGUCCAGAUGAGUAUGGACUUCGCGUCGGAGCUGGCGAGUCCGAAAACCGUCGAAAAUGAUCAUUUCGACGGAUUUUACCGAAGCGAUGACGUCGACCGCGAGUCCACCUACCCUCAUCUCCACCGUCACAGUCCUCGGUAUUCUUCGCAGCAUCGCUCGCUCCAUCCGCAGGGUCAAAAUCACCAUCAAUCGUUACCUCCGCCUCCCCCCUACGAAUCGAAAUUCAAUUCGCAGUCGCAAAGUCGUAAUCAAAGUGGCGUACAAGUGGAGAAGACCCAUUUCAAUUUCGGCAAUAUACCACCACCAAGUUUUCAAACCAAUAGCUACUCGACUCACCUGGACGAUGAAAAUAAAACGGAAACAAUGACGUCGUCUUACCUAGCGUCGUUCGAGGGACCGUUUCCGUCGAAUUCUCGUAGCAGAAUUGGAAAAUUGGAGGGCGAAGAAACGCGGAGUACGGACGAAGUUUCGUGGGGAAUCGGAUGGGACGCUUGCGCGUCCGAAGCACUUCGUUACCUCGUCGAAGACGAAGGUUUACCUCCUCAUCAUCCUACGGUUAUCGCCAUGAAGAAUCACCUGGACAUGCAACGAGCCAGAGUUUUAUCGUAAUCUGUUGAAAUUUUUUUUCUAUCACAUUUAUCGCAAGCGAAACGAAUAGUCCAACUGUCGCUUCCGAAUCUCCGUUGAAAAAUUAUCGUCAAGCGAACGCCGGUGAAAUUAGGAGCACCGCGAGUCGGAGCUUUAUAAUAUUUUACGGAAAUUGAUUUUUUUUUUUAGCCUAGAAUUCAAAAAAUCGAAAGAUGGUCUCAAGACACGUCCACAUGGCAUCGUUAUAAUUUUUUCUUUUCCCCUACGAUAAUCGCGGAAUGAAAAUGUUACAGGUAUUGUCAGUGUGUUCUUUUGACUCCAUCUUUCCCAAAAAGUCGUACAGAAAAUUUGCCAUCUGACAUUUCCCAGUUACGUUCAUCGUUGGAAGAGUUUUCACGGGUGACGAUGAAACAAGAUCUUUCAUAAAUCGCGAAACUUUAGCUAAUUUGACCGAUAAAAGACUGUGCAAAAAGACGAUUAUCAUAAGCGAUACUAUCGCGAAUCGUGGGGCGAGCAGAAGGGGAGGGGAGUGUAUAAUUUUCAAGAUCUCCGUAGCUAGUUAUUAUUUUUUUUUCAAUCGCUAAGUUAUUUUGUUUUUAUUUUUUUCGUUUUUUUUUUUUUUUAAUGUGUAAUUUUUAACUCGAGAUUCGCUUUUCCCCCCGCAGGUUUACAACGCGGACGUGUUCGUAACGAUAUUAUGUCUGUAUAAUUUGAUGGGAAAAAUUUUCAUACGCAGGUCACGUGUGCGGUGUAUAUUUAAAAAUUUUUUUUCUCAAACUACUUUUGAAUCGCCGUAGCGACUUACGAAGACAAACUUAAAAGAUGAUGUGGGUUAAUAACGGAUAAUUAACCGGAAAGAGGAGAAUGAAACAGGCGAGGGUAAUGAGAGAAAAGGAGAGAAGAUUUCGAUCGAUGAGAAUCGGGUCUUUUCCUUUUAUAGAAAAGAAAGUUUUGCACGGCUAGCGAGCGAUCGAUGACCGAAUGUUUUUUCGACCACUCGCUAGCCAUUAAGGGAAAUAUGUUACAAUUAAAGCCUUAUAAGUUUUAAGCGCUUAGUUUAAUUUAAAAAAAAAAAAGAAAAAUGUACUAUCGAGUUGCGAGUAAGCUAAUAUAGUAAUGAUGAUAAUGAUAAUUAUUAUUAUUAUAAAUGCACAAUAUAAAAUUAAAAUAAUCUAAAUCAAAGCAGCACUGCCAAUAUUUUGACGUUGCUUUCAGCUCCAUUAUCGCCGGAUAUAACCGAUUUAAUGUUCAAUAUUCAUUGACGGUGUGGAACGAAAGCAACGUGCAAAAUUAUAUAAUUAUUUAUAGGGUGAGGAAAAUAAACAAUCGCGGGAGGGCGUUUUUACUUUUUUGGUUUUUUUUUUUUUCUUUUUCUUUUACUCAACCGUUGAAUCCUUUUACCUAGGAGAUGCUGUGCUUUCAUAUAUAUAGUAUCGUAUACCUAUAUAGGUUUAUAUCUCCAUGAAAUGAUAAUUCAUUCGAAUCGCGACUACGCGAUGAAAGAAAAGUUGGAAAUCACUACCAUUUAAUGAUGACGAAAAAAAAAAAACAUAUAUAUCUCAUAAGUAUAAUAAUAGCUGUAAAAUACGCCCGUCUCCCUCGUCGUGCAGGUGAUUAUUGUAAAUAUGUAUUAUAUUGUUUUAACUUAUAUAUACAGUCAAUCCAUUGUUACUUUUACAAUAAAUCAUUGUAGAUAGCAUUGACCAAUAAUAAACAACCAUUAAAUUAA